AUGGAUCUACAGAAGAUGAAGAGAAAAGUGAUUUGGGGAAAUAGGGAAAAUAGAAAUGAUGGUGCCGUGAAUGAUAGAGCUAUUCACCUGAACGUCAGCGGUGUCAAAUUCGUGGUAAGCGUAUCAAGUCUAGUGAAAUAUCCAGAUGCAACUCUUGGACGGGUGGUGGUGGACUAUGAAAGUCGACCAACCGGGGAGGAGGAUGUCGAAUAUAUGUUUGAUCGGGACCCGGAAGUUGCCAGGAAGAUACUUCAGUUGUACACCACCGGAAAACUGCAUUACCCAUCCCAGGUCUGCGUGUCCACUUUCAAAGAGGAUCUCGAGUUCUGGGGCGUGCCUUGCCAGGUCGCCAAAUGCUGCUCAGCAGCCUAUCAAUCUGCCCUUAGCAGCUUGGAGACCAUUGAAAGAUUCCAGAAGUCAAUUGAGGACGAUAAGGCUGUGAUAAAGCAGUAUGUGUUCGCUGACGGGAGCGGAUGCCGUGCAAGGGUCUGGUAUUUCCUCAACUAUCCGUUGACAUCGAUUGCAGCCAAGCUCUACGCCAUGUUCGUGACUUCACUUAUCCUCAUGUCAGUUAUACUCCAGGCUCAGGAAGAUAGAUCAGUCUGGAAUACAUAUUUCGAAGCUAUUGACGAGAUGGCAAAACUCAACAUGACUGCAGAAGAAAUAGAUGUCUUGGUGGAGAGGCUGACUUGCCCGCUGAUAACUCGAGGUUGGCUGUUGUCAGACCAGACUACAAUAUGGAUGCGGGUCAUCCAGCUGCUUGCAUUGUUUAUACUCCUUGUUGAUGCCAUACUUCACCAAGCCUGCGCCCCAGCACAGCUCAAGGCGCUGAAGUCCUUGCGGAGCUGCAUUGAGUUUACAUGUACCAUUCCGGUAAUUGUCGUCGCACUGUACUACGAGUUCACCGGUGUAACCAAGUACUGUAAUGUCUCUUUGGCAACUUGGAUAGGACUGGUGAACUAUGUGCGCAUUCUGCGCGUCAUUCAGCUCUACGUUUUCCUGCGCCACUACAUGCCAUGCCGAGUCCUUACAUUCUGCAUCCGACAAGACCUCUGGAACAUAUGUACGCUGUUUCUAUACAUCGGCAUGUUCGUUGUUACAAUGGGUACUCUCGUGUUCAUAUUCGACAGGGUGGGCCUAACUGAGAGUUACAACUCAAUGUUCCCUGAUCUCAUGGACAGCUUCUGGUAUGUUUUGAUUACGAUGACUACUGUUGGGUACGGGGACAAGUAUCCUCUAUCGCAUGUCGGUAAGCUCGUGGGCAGCAUGUGCGCCCUGUCCGGGAUCCUUCUGAUGGCCACCGCCGUACCGUUGGAUUCCCAAGAAUUGUGUGGCGGUUACCACAACGGCAUGUCGUGUGACGAGACCAACUUCAACAUGAGCCGACUCGAUCAGGGAGAGGAGUUCCUUUGA